AAGUGUGAGCGCCAACAUGGCCGAAUGACCAACCAGGAACAAGUGAGUUUACUCUGAAAACGCUAUAUUGACCCAAAUAUAGGACUUCAUUAGAUCACUGCCUGUGAGACGGAAGCCUGAGAACUGAGACUGGUGACCCGACGGCAUUUGAUUGGAGAACGGACGAGCGCGGAAGUCGGGCGGUCCAUCAUACAAUGCAUGUGCUGUUAUUCAGAAGACUCUGAACCAUGACGUCGUCGAAUGCGCACGUAAAUGUAAUUGUACCGAUAUUCCAGAGUGGGACUACAGUCCUCGCGAAGUUUGAAUAUAAAGCGGACUCUAACAAGGACCUGUCUUUCAAGAAGAAUGAGAUUCUGACAAUCGUGGAACACACACGGGACCCUAACUGGUAUAAAGCGGAGGAUGUGAGAGGAAGGCGGGGGCUUGUUCCGGCCAACUACUUGACGCCCUGCACGAACCCCGGCCGGCACCACUCCCGCUCUCACGCUGUGCCGGCGGUGCCGCAUCCCUACGACAAUGGACACAACAUCAACGACGUCGCAAACACACAGAGUGGGGAACCAGGGACCAGAAAGAAACUAGGAGACAUGAUUUGGUUUCAUGGGAAGAUCACGCGAGAUCGGGCAGAGCAGGUGCUGCACCCUAGAGUCAACGGCCUUUUCCUCGUUAGAGAGAGCACAAACUACCCUGGCGACUACACUCUGUGUGUCGUACACGAGGGCAAGGUAGAGCAUUACAGAAUUUUGUACAAAAACAACCUGGGAAAGUUUACAAUAGACGAAGAAGACUACUUUGCUGAUCUCGAAUCAUUAGUUAUGAUGUAUUUCUGGGAACAUAUAAAGGCGAGAAGGUCGCAGCGAAGCAACUGAAGGAGCAAACGAGAUCGUCGCAGCUCUUUCUCGAAGAAGCUUCGGUGAUGACGUCGCUCUCGCAUCCAAACCUCGUCAAGCUGCUGGGAAUCGUUUUUGGACAGACGUACUUCAUAGUCACGCAGUACAUGGCUCUUGGAAACCUGGUGGACUAUCUACGAACACGUGGCCGAAACAUCAUCACAAAACAGGACCAAAUAAACUUUGCCAGUGACGCAUGUUCAGGGAUGGCAUACCUCGAAUCAAAAAACAUAGUACAUCGAGACCUUGCUGCACGAAAUAUACUGAUUGCAGAGGAUGGCAGUGCAAAGGUAUCUGAUUUUGGCCUUGCUAAGGAAUCAUUCGGUGACCAGGAGGGCGCAACGUCAAAGUUCCCUAUAAAGUGGACAGCGCCAGAGGCACUGCGGCAAAGCAAAUUUUCAAACAAAUCGGACAUGUGGAGUUUCGGCAUCCUGCUCUGGGAGUUGUAUUCCUUUGGCCGCGUCCCUUAUCCACGAAUCCCGCUAGCGGAUGUGGUCAAGCACGUGGAGAAAGGCUAUCGGAUGGAGUGUCCGGAGGGUUGCCCUAAGGACAUCUACGAGAUUAUGCUGCAUGCCUGGGACCUGGACCCGGACAAACGACCGCCGUUCAGUGCCGUCGCUAAGCAGCUGAUGGAGCUACGCUCAAUGACUAUCUGAUGGCGCCAGUCUACACGCACAUCACCCCCCUCCGCCAUCAUUAUUAGUGGAUGUCCCUGGAAACGAAUCGCUCCCCCCCCCCCAAAUACCAUUCUCUAGGUUUGGAAAACCCGGAAACUGUCUGUUUCCAGGUACUGAGAAACCAGUUAGGGUCGUGGAGGAAAUACGUGGAAAUUAGAAUGAUGCGGUUGUUGUGGAAACCAACCACGUAUAGGGUGCAUCGUGGAGGAAGGUACGUGGGAACAGAAGGCGGGUCUGUCGUCCAAACGUCGCUUGAAGUCUCCAAAGGUCGCUGAGCAACUAUGUCCAUGCCCGUGGCUGAUUCGCUGCUGCUGUCGGUACAGAGUUGAGUAGCCGUAAAAAAAGGUCCAUGCUGACUGCUCUCCACUUAACGUGUCGGUUACAUUCGGUGUAUGCAUUUCGCCUUCAACGGACGCAAGCUCGCUUAUCGAUAUGCUACAUUACGAUUACGUGCGGAUGAAAUUGGUUGGCUAUCUGGUGGAAAAUCAUCUUUACACGCGCUCGGUAGGACGUUUUAAUGUCUGGGAUAAGUUUAUUGAGAGCGAUGGUCUGCCGGCACAAUUUACCUGCGGUUUCAACUUCCAUGAGCUUGCAGCAGAUAAUUGUAUCCAUUUACCAGAAAAGUGACAGUUGUAGUUAAACGCACUCUUGCAAAGUGGUUCCGAAUGAUGCGGCACGAUUAGAAAUUUUUAAAGCUACUGUGUAAAUUCGCGCAACCUCUCUCGCGUUUUACUUUUGAUUUCGGCUAAGCAGACACCGGCGUGCUCGUCCGUGCCUGUGUCGUAUCCGCAGUCGAUGACGACGAAUGUUCGUAUGCACGGUGCAUGCAACCACGCUGCGGGCGCGGGGGGGGGCGUUCUAGCAGGUCUUUGUGAUAGCUAGUCUUUAGAAGUCCGAGCAAGCUAGAAGAAUUAGCUACAGAGCGAGGGACGAGCACAGCUACAGAGCGAGGGACGUGCACAGCUACAGAGCGAAGGACGAGCACAGCUACAGAGCGAGGGACGAGGUUCGUGCACAGUUCGUGGUUGACAUCCCUGAGACGCGUGCAGUGACGUUCACCCGUCAGUCGCGUGCUACGCUUCCGUGAUCACGCGUGCCGUGAUCAUUCUUCCGUGAUCACGCACCCCAUGAUCAUUCUCCCGUGAUCAGGCGCGCCGUUAUCAUUCUCCCGUGAUUCACGUCCCGUGAGAUGCACUGCGUCUUACAACUAGGUGACGGUGUGGAAGUCGGCGCUGCCUCGCCUUUACAUCGUGAGGUAUCUUACGCAUCGCUCCAGUGAGGCUGUGUCGACGAUGACAAGCGAGUGUCGUAAGUGAUGAUUCACACACGAGGCAGCUGCUGCAUCGUGCCACUUGAGACACUCGUCCUUAUUGCUAAUUCGCGGUGCAGACGAAGGUCGCGCCACUACUGUCACGCAGGGUAUCUUUCCGACAUAAAACUGGCGCGUUCGUGUGCAUUAAAGGCUCACAAUGCGCAUCCAAACGCUAAUUUCUCCAGUACUAGACUAGCAAAUACUUCGUGUCAUGCAU